AGACGGGCCAUUCAGCACAAGCUCCGGAAGACCCGGAUGCCCUUUGCUUUUGGCUCUCGGGUGCGAGGCGCUCUGCCAUGAUGCAGUUUGAUCAGUUUCCCGGUUUGGGAAGUGAAGAAUACCCCGGCUUUCCGACGGCCGAAUGUCCAGAAGUGCUGCCAGACUUGUCGAGGCACUGCAGCCUCUGCGCUGAUGUUCUGAAGGCCCAUCCCGAAAUCUACGACAGGCUCAAGUACCUGAAAACCUCCCAAGGUGUUGGCUUGGCGAGGUGUAUCAAAACAGGCAUCGACAAUCGCGGGCACCCAGUGCUUAAGGCACUUGGGGCUGUAGCUGGUGACGCAGAGUGCUUCGACACCUUCGCGCCUUUGUUUGACAAGCUGAUCGAGGGCAGGCAUGGCAAGGUGCCGGCUUGCCACUCCAAAUGUGCUGGGCGGCGAACUCUUACCCUAGAGUCGGCUGAGCCGUUCGAUGACUAUGUGGUUUCGUGCAAAGUUGCAGCAUCAAGGAACCUCAGUGGAAUUCGCUUCCCGCCAGCAGCCACGCUGGAGGAUAGACAAAAGGUGGAGCAACUCGUCACGCAAGCUACAUCAACGAUGGAAGGACCUUGGAAGGGCCAGUAUUACCCGCUGAUGGGCUCUACCUCGUACAUGUCCAAGCCCAGCGGCAUGUCUGUGGAGGAGGAGAAGAUGCUGGCGGAUGACCACCUCAUUUUCUACCAUCCAGAUGCAUCGGCGGUACUCAGUACGGGUGCUGCGCGACACUGGCCACAUGGGCGAGGUGUGUUUGUGAACGAGAGCAAGACUCUCACACUGUGGGUGAACGAGGAGGAGCAUUUGAAGGCCACAUCACAGCGGAGUGGUGGCAGCGUGCAGGCAGCUUUCCGAGAGUUGAUGGCCGUCCUUGGGCACAUCGACACACAGAUGCCCAAGGGCCAUGGGUUUGCGAAGAGCGACCGCCUGGGCUUCUUGACCUCCAAUCCCGCCAACCUCGGGACUGCCCUGCGGGCCAGUGCCAUUGUGAAACUUCCAUUGCUGAAGCAGCACAAGGACGAGCUGCAGAAGUGGUGUGCAUCACGACGGCUGAUCCAGAAGGGUGCCAUCAGCGAGUCGGGUGAUAGGAUGGCCGACUUCGUGGAGGUCUCCAGCCGAGACAAGCUGAACAUCACGGAGGAGGAGACGCUGAACUUGCUUGUGGAGGGCAUCGCUCAGCUGGUGCGCGCCGAGCGGCUCAUGGAGAUGGGCAUGUCGGUGGAUGAGGCUUUGGCGCGCCAGAUCCGCCGAGACCCGACCCCAGUGGACCCGGAGGACAGCUGGGAUGCGGCAGGCCAUGCGCUGCACGCGAUGAUUUCCACGGCAGUUGUCGCAUCCUGCAGUUCUAUGGAGGCCACGGCAAGCCCAGCGGUAGACAGGAGUUUGCUGGAUGUGAUGCAGCGCCUGGCUGGCGCGUUGGUCGUCGCGUCCGGUGCCGGCCAAUUGGAAGAGGACCUGUUUCAGCAGAAGGAGGAAGCUGCUGCCGUCCGCAUCCAGGCCAGGGAGCGAGGACGGAAGGACCGCGAAGCAGUUCAGCAAAAAAAGCAGGACGUGGAGCGAGCAAGGGCUCCCGACGUGGAGAUGCUCCGCAACAGGCUUGCGGAUGUUCUGGCCAGAGCCGCAGAUGAUGGCAGCCUUCAGGAGGCUUUGGCAACCACGCAGCCGCCGCAAGACAUGGAGGAUGACGAGAAGGAGGUUCUCCGAUUGCAGCUGGAGUCUACUUUGGAGCGUGGAGGUUUGGCUCAGGCGCUGCAAGAGAUCAAGUCUUCCCAGCCUGACAUGGCGGAGGUUCGGCUGCGGCUUCAAGGGCUUUUGGUGCAGUCCCUUGCAGAGGGCACCUUGGACUCUGCCUUGAACAUAGCCUUUGAGGAUGAUCAGGAUGCUGCCACAAUCAUUGCCGAGCCAGAGCCUGACUGCGAGGGCGACAUUGAUUUGAAGAGGGUGCGAAUGGCACAGCAGCUGGAGAUCGCAUGCAUGGACGGCUCGCUCGAGUCCACUCUUGCGAGCAUGCGGAGCCACAAUCAGCCCCAACGUGUUGAUCAUUUGCGCGCCAAAAUGGCAGCCCAGCUUGAGGCUUCUUUGGCUGAUGGGUCUCUGGAGGCCGCGUUGGCCAAAUCAAUGGGGACCAAUAUGGAUGCACUUCGAAAUCGGACAGCAGCAUUGCUCGAGGCUUCUUUGGCUGAUGGGUCGCUGGAGGCCGCGCUGGCCAGAACAACGAGGACCAACACGGAUGCACUUCGAAAUCGGACAGCAGCAUUGCUGGAGGCUUCAUUGGUUGAUGGGUCGCUGGAGGCUGCGCUCUCCCAGAGUAAGCAGACAGACAUCGACAUCCUCCGAACCAAGGUAGCGUCUCAAUUGGAGAAGUGCCUUGAGGACGGGUCACUGGAGACAGCCUUGGCCAACUCUGCAAGGACAGCAACCUGUGAUGUUGAAGUUCUGCGAGUCAAGGUGGCCGCUGAACUAGAGACGGCGUUGGCCAACGGCUCGCUGGAAGCAGCACUGCAAGAGAGGCUGACCAAGCGCACGUCGAACGUGGACGCUGUUCGCGCCAAAGUUGCGCUCCGCAUGGAGGAGGCAGCGGCGGACGGCGCGCUGGAAUCCCUGCUUUCGUCCAUCGGGCCACAAAAUCCCAACGAGUCCGGCGACCUGCGCGAGAAGCUUGGCAAGCAGCUGUCGGUGGCUUUCCAGGACGGAUCCCUGGAAGCUGCUUUGGAAGCCACAUCUGCAAAGGGCGGAUCUGGUGAACCCGGAGACAUCGACCUGAAGUCCAAGCUGGCCCACUCGUCAGAUGCCGUCAAUGGCUCCUUGGCCUUUGCUCAACAGGCGGAGAUAGAGCCCUCCCAAGAGGUCCAGCUGGCAAAGCCAGCGCGGCCAUCUCGGCCACCGUCUGCGCAGGCUAUGCGCGGCGCAGUGGCGCUCCUCAAGGUGAUGUCGAGCUAUGACCGUCGAAUAGGCAAGCUGCUGGAGGGAAUUGAGACUGCCGAGCGGGCCAUCCUGGCUCGCUCGCAGCAGGCGACUGUUUUGCAGGUGCAGCUUGAAGAGGCCCAACGCGACCUCAGAGGCUUGGACCUCGCAUGGGAGAGGCAACAGCUGGCGCUGGACAACGAGGAGGUUCGAGACAUGAAGCUGCAUGAAGAGCAUCAGAGACUGAACGACAGUCUUGAGCUGGAGAGACUCAAGCAGAAGCAUGCAACCGUGGAUUCCGAGCUGCUGCUCAGUGCUCGGUCAGAGUUGGGAUCGGCAUCGACAGCCUCUGGUCAAUUGUGCCCCAGCACCGCGCAGGGUACAUCUAGCCCGAUGACCUGGCGAUCGCAUGCUUGAGCCAUGUGCCAUGUGCUGCGCUUUGCGUCUUUCACCGAUGUCUCACCAGCUCCGGAAAAAAAUCUGGGGCUCGCAAGCGGAAGCCCCGCAAAGUUUCGCAAAAGC